UUUUUUGUAGGUACGUAUUUAGAGUAGUGGAUAGAAAUUUCUCUGGCUGUAGUUCCCGAUAAUAAUAGAUAUAUUUAAACUUGAUAAGAUGGUAUUGUUUACACGUAAAACCAUGUAAAUAAAUCUAUUUUAUCUUUCAAGGCCACAUUAUGAACGUAAAUAAACUCUCUGCCAGAUAACCUGUUCAUUUGUUUUGAAUUGAUAUUUGUUGAGUAAAUUGUGAAAAUAAAUUAGAAAUAUUUUCCUAUUAUUUAUAGAACGGAAAAUUUGAGUUGUAAUCAAAAUUAUCAAUACCUGACAGUAUGGAUAAAAGUGGAGCAGCUGAUCGUAAGAUCAGUGGAUAUCUGUCAUGGCUGGGUUGUGUACCCUUUCUUCAAAUUAUUUUUAUCUGACUUAGACACGGCUAAUUAUCACAUCAUAGAGUAUCAUUUAUUUUCAAUGUUAUGUUUUUCGGCAGGGUUUACGCGAAUUGCAAAGCCUUCAGUGCUCUACGAUAUCCAUAUGUUCACUUGGCCUCCAAGUUUGUGAUAUGUAGGAACUUUCAUCAUCCAGUUGGACUCUAUUUUAAACACAUUUGUCCCCAGAGGCCUCUCAGUACUGCAGUCAGGUUGUUAGGGAAGGAAAUGGCAACUGAAAAAGCUUUAACAGAAGGUGAACCUAAACAGUCUCGGAAUAGAUUGGGUAAGGAGAAAUCUCCGUAUUUGUUACAACAUGCGACUAACCCUGUAGACUGGUAUCCAUGGGGCGAGGAAGCUUUUGCAAAAGCUCGUGAAGAAGAUAAAAUCAUUUUUCUUUCAGUUGGUUAUUCUACAUGUCAUUGGUGCCAUGUAAUGGAAAGAGAAUCAUUCGAGAAUGAUAAUGUUGCUUCGAUUAUGAAUGAAUAUUUUAUAAACGUAAAAGUUGAUCGUGAAGAAAGACCUGAUGUUGAUAAGAUUUAUAUGACAUUUGUCCAAGCUACUUCAGGUAGUGGUGGGUGGCCUAUGAGUGUGUUCUUGACUCCAGAUUUGAAACCUGUUGCUGGUGGUACUUAUUUUCCUCCUAAAGACAGUUAUGGAAGACCUGGCUUUAAAACUGUACUUCUUAACAUGGCAAAGCAAUGGGCCGAACAACGUGCUAAAGUCUCUGCCACUGGUAAAAGAAUAACUGAGCUGUUAGAACAGACAACUGCUUUUGAUGUUGGACUAGCUGGUUCAUUGAUCGGGGGUGAAGUUCCAGAAAAAGAAACUUGGGAUUUAUGCAUGAAUCAACUUAGCAACAGUUAUGAACCGUUGUUUGGCGGUUUUUCAAUGGCACCGAAAUUUCCGCAGCCAGCUAAUUUUACUUUCCUCUUUCACCUAAUUGCACGAGAUCCUAAAUCUGAGAGUGGAGAAAAAGCUAAACAGAUGGCACUUCAUACACUUGACAAAAUGGCCAAAGGAGGAAUCCAUGAUCAUGUUGCACAGGGAUUCGCUCGAUAUUCUACUGAUAGUAAGUGGCAUGUACCACACUUUGAAAAGAUGUUAUAUGAUCAAGCUCAAUUGGCUAUUAUUUAUUCGAAUGCAUACUUAUUAACUAAAGAUGAUAAAUAUGCUAAUGUCGUGAGGGAUAUCCUCACCUAUGUUUCUCGAGAUUUAAGCCAUUCUGAAGGUGGCUUUUAUAGUGCUGAGGAUGCCGAUUCGUAUCCGACCCAUGACAGUUCUGAGAAAAAAGAAGGUGCCUUUUGUGUCUGGACGCACGAUGAAAUAAAUGGGCUGCUAAGCAUACCAUUACAAACGAAACCAGAACUUAACUUAAGCUCAGUAUUCUGUCAUUACUAUAGUGUUGAACCUAGGGGAAAUGUAUCCCCGGAAAAUGAUCCUCAUGGUGAACUUAAAGGACAAAAUGUGCUAGCUGUAUUCCAUUCUGAACGUGACACCUGUGACAAAUUUGAUUUAAGUCUUCCCGAUCUGCGUAAAGAACUAGCGAUUGGAAGAAAAAUUCUCUUUGAACAAAGACAGAAAAGGCCAAAACCACAUCUUGACGAUAAAAUAAUCACUUCAUGGAAUGGAUUGAUGAUAUCAGGGUAUGCUAAAGCAGCGAGUGCACUAAAUGAUGAAGGAUAUAAGCAGAGGGCCAUCGACGCUGCGAACUUUGUUAAGAAGUACCUUUACACUGAUAAAAAAAGGCUUUUGAGAAGCUGUUAUACUGAGAAUAAUAAAAUAGCUCAAAUUAAGGAACCGAUUGAAGGAUUCUUAGAUGAUUAUGCCUGCCUCAUCAAAGGCCUCAUUGACCUUUACGAGUGUACAUUCAAUCCCGAGUGGCUGCUCUGGGCCUCCGUUCUACAGACCUCUCAGGAUGAACUGUUUUGGGAUCACGGGCUCGCCGGCUACUUCUCCACCUCCAAUUCUGAUGGUCACAACCUUUUCCGGCUAAAAGAAGAUCAGGAUGGUGCAGAACCAAGUGGUAAUUCUGUCGCUGCCGGUAACCUCCUAAGGCUGGGCUGUAUAUUAGAUUGCCCAGAAAUGAAGGAAAAGGCCAGUAAACUCUUGUCUUCUUUUACUUCAAGGCUUACACGGAUUCCUGUGGCCCUUCCUGAAAUGGUGUCUGCGCUCAUGCUCUACCACGACUCGCCAACUCUGGUUGUGGUUACCGGAGAUAUGAGCAAAAGUGAGACUGUAGAACUAGUCCGUGUCGCUCAGAGCAACUUAAUCCCGGGCAUCGUGCUGGUAACGACCGGGUCUAAUCCAGACAACUUUGUCAUCACCAGGAAUGAGUCUGUGAGGAAGAUGAAGAAGCUCGGCGAACGUGAAGCCGCGUACGUAUGCAGGGGAAGGACCUGCUCCCUUCCUGUAACGUCUCCUGCGGACUUGGCUGCUUUGUUGAGGAUUUAACUUAUAUCUUAGGCCCUGUCUGUAUAUGAAAGGAAAGUGAUGUGAUGAACUAACCAGGAAGGUUUAGUGAUACGCACCUUAGAUGUCUAGCCGCUUGUCCUAAAAUUAAUAGUUACCUCGUUUUGUUAUUUGUAUGGCUAAAAGAAAAAAGGAAUUGAAAUAUUUAUGUCUUUUUCCUUUUUUAUAAGUGUUACACUAACUUGGAUUAUUAUUUUUAUCUCAUUUUUUUAUUUUCUCUCAGUUAAUUUUUUUUUCCAAAAAUUAUUUUAAAUUUCUUCAUCGAAUUCGCAACAUUUUUAUAAUCCAUUAUACUGAUAACCUUAAGCAAUUAACAACUUGCGAUUAUAAUUAGUUAGUGUUAUUUUUAAAACCACAUUUUCUUUAUAAAUAUUUUUGGUUAAAUUUAUUUCUAUUUGAAAGAAAAGAGACUGAAUCUCAUUUUCUUGUAAUUUUGUACAUUAAAUAUAAUUUAAUAUAUUUAAAUAAUAUUAUUGAAUUUUUAAUGUCAUAUAUGCAGUUAAUGUAAAUAUUUUUAAUUUAAAAACUAAUAAAACUAAUCAAAAGGUUCUUUAUAUUGUAUUUAUUUUAAGUUUUUAUUAUUUAAAAAAAAUAUUUAAAAAUUAUCAAUAUGUUAAAAAUUAAAAUCAUGUUUAAUAUUAUUUUCAAUGUUAUCUUUUGUGAUAAUCUUGGAACCUGCUUUUCGGGCAGAAUUGAUAUUAAUAAAAAGGCUGUAAUUAAAGAUGGUGAUAUUGAUAUAUUGUUGUUUUUGUAAGAGACAUUAAGGUAAUUUAUGUAUUUAUUUAAAUAGGUCUGUAUGUUUAUGUAAAUAUUAAAAGUAUGUUUUUUUUGUGAUAAAUUCUUCAAAAAAAAAUAUGUUAGUUAUACAAUAAAUGUUUUAAAUUUA